AUGCUCAUAAAUCGGAUACUGUUGACUACACCGGGUCUAAAGUCAUACGCUGUACGGUUGACACCGAUGAACAGCUCGAGUACUUGCGAUCACUCGUUAAAAACAGAGAAAAAAAUGAUCAAGGACAAAAUCAGACAGUUCGCAGCUAGCGAUUCAUUUUUUGACGAAUUCCGUCGAAACGGAGACAUUGAAAAAUUUCUACGCGAAAAACACUCGGAAAACACUAAACUCGUUGGCCUUAUGAGUAUUGGCACGUCUAUAGAGCACAGGGAUAUCAUGGCGGUGAAAAUCGGUGUUGACCAUGGUCGGGCUAAUAAGUCAAUCAUUUACAUCGAUGGUGGCACUCAUGCCCGCGAAUGGGCCGCAGUGUCCACCGCGUGCUAUAUCAUUGACCGCCUCAUUGAUGACUAUAACGCUGGCGAUAAAGUGGUGACGUAUUUGUUGAAUCGGUUUGACUUUUAUGUGGUACCUGUGGUUAAUCCCGAUGGGUAUGAGUACUCACACACAACAGACCGAAUGUGGCGUAAAAACAAAGCUAUACUAAAAGGCAGCAAAUGUUUGGGCACUGAUCUGAACCGUAACUAUGGUUUCCAUUGGGGCGGUGAGGGCUCGAGUCGGGACCCGUGCGAAGAGAACUACUCGGGACCCAAAGCAUUCUCGGAGCCCGAGUCCAGAGCGGUCUCGAGCCUUAUAUUGGAUAACAAACACCGUUUGAUGGCUUAUAUUACGUUACAUUCAUAUGGCCAGUGGUUUUUGUACCCAUGGGGUUGGACUGAAGCAGACUCGCCAAACAAAAAGGAGCUGAAACGUGUGGCCGAUAUCGGACAUAUGGCGUUAAACUCAGUGUACGGCACGACGUAUAAACUUGGUAGUCCCGGACAGAUAAUGUACUGGGCCCACGGGUUCGCACACAUACCGUACGUGUACUGCCUUGAGAUGCGCGAUGAGGGCCAACACGGCUUCCUAUUGCCGGCAAAGGAUAUAAUACCCGUCGGGAACGAGACUUACGCCGCCGUUAAGGCUAUGGCCCGAGAGAUAGCGCUCACCCGUAGAGUCAAAAACUGGGCCCACGGGUUUGCACACAUACCGUACGUGUACUGCCUUGAGAUGCGCGAUGAGGGCCAACACGGCUUCCUAUUGCCGGCAAAGGAUAUAAUACCCGUCGGGAACAAGACUUACGCCGCCGUUAAGACUAUGGCCCGAGAGAUAGCUCUCACGCGUAGAGUCAAGAGCGCCGACCAGUGUUUGGGCACUAAUCUGAACCGUAACUAUGGUUUCCAUUGGGGCGGUGAGGGCUCGAGUCGGGACCCGUGCGAAGAGAACUACUCGGGACCCAAAGCAUUCUCGGAGCCCGAGUCCAGAGCGGUCUCGAGCCUUAUUUUAAACACCAAGCACCAAACGUGUGCCGAUAUCGGACAUAAGGUGUUAAACUCACUGUACGGCACGACGUAUAAACUGGGUAGUCCCGGACAGAUCAUGUACUGGGCCCACAAGUUCGCACACAUACCGUACGUGUACUGCCUUGAGAUGCGCGAUGAGGGCCAACACGGCUUCCUAUUGCCGGCCGCGGAUAUAAUACCCGUCGGGAACGAGACUUACGCCGCCGUUAAGGCUAUGGCCCAAGAGAUAGCGCUCACCCGUAGAGUAAAGAGUAAUGUUAGCGUAAAAAUUGGUUAA